CUUCGCUUCGGCGCCAACCAAUCGCCUGGCGCGUUGCUGACAAGUACGAUCUGCCCCAGCACUGGCGGACUUCCGCGGGGCCCAGGUUUCCUGAAACCAUGAAUCCACCACAUAUGUUUUGAGAUAUGCUUUAGAUGUUUUUUCUGGAGGCCUUGCAACUACCUUCAAAAGUGAAUGUUCUGUAGAAAAGACCUGUGGCCAAUGGUGGCAGACUCUACAUAGAAGUAUGCUUCGUGGUGUUCUGGGAAAAAGUUUUCGACUUGUUGGCUAUACUAUUCAGUAUGGCUGCAUAGCUCAUUGUGCAUUUGAAUACGUUGGUGGUGUUGUCAUGUGUUCUGGACCAUCAAUGGAGCCUACAAUUCAAAAUUCAGAUAUUGUCUUUGCAGAAAAUCUUAGUCGACAUUUUUAUGGUAUUCAAAGAGGUGACAUUGUGAUUGCAAAAAGUCCAAGUGAUCCCAAAUCAAAUAUUUGUAAAAGAGUAAUUGGUUUGGAAGGAGACAAAAUCCACACCAGUAGUUCAUCAGAUUUCUUUAAAAGCCAUAGUUAUGUGCCCAUGGGCCAUGUUUGGUUAGAAGGUGAUAAUCUACAGAAUUCUACUGAUUCCAGGUACUAUGGACCUAUUCCAUAUGGAUUAAUACGAGGACGUAUUUUCUUUAAGCUUCCAUCUCCAAGAUUCUGUUCUAAACUGGAAAUGGCAAGGUCCAAGCGCUCCCUCCACACUUCAGUCUGUUGUGGUUAGGCACCAUCGAGUGCAUGCGAGUGCAGAGCAACCUCAGCACUGGAGAAACCAUAAUCAUGACCGGAGCUGAUCAUCAGGUCUUUUUCCCACAGAGCCACUGGGUGAGUGCAUUCUGCCAUCAGGACACACUCUCUUCACUACAGCCAUAGGCGUUUAAAAAUACAAGGCCAGGAAUGGAGUUGAGUCUUCUGCCUUUAAAGCCAUCCUUUUUCUACAGUCGUCACUCAGCCUGCCUUAUUAACUCUGAGAUAACUUCACACAUGUCUAUAUCCACACUUCCUCAUGAAGGAGCUAGAUUCGCGUUAUUCAUAAAGAUUCUAAUAACCCUAAAUUUGAGAUAGCAGGUAGAAACCAACUAUUUUCUCAGCAAACAAAUAUACUACUAAAACAAGAGGAAAAAGAAUUUUUGUUGAGCAGAGGAAACAGGAAACUAAUUACGUUUUCAAAUGGAAAUUAACAAAAUACAAUCCCUAAUCUAAGUAUUUUUGUGGGGGUUAGUCUGUAAGUACAAAUUGUAAAUAAAUACAAAUUACUAAAUUUUCUAUUAAUCUGAAGUGGCUUUGCUACAUCAUCUCUUAUUUUGUAAGAACAUAGAUAGCAUAAACAUUUAAGCUUUAUAUUUGCUUGGCUACACACUCCUCCACAUGUCUGAAUACAUAGUUAUAGGGUUCCACGUAAUGGCUAAUUUCAGGUAGAGUGAAGGAGUUCUAUAACUAGUGAACACGUAUCACAGGAAAUCAGGUUAACAUCUUUUGCUUCAUCCUUGGAAACACUAUAUUUUCCACCACAUCGGCAGCUCAGAAAGUAAGAGCAAUCAUCUGCAAAAAUAAAAAGGGAAGAAAAAUAAAGGCAAAUUCCCUGAAAGAAAUGGCAAAACAAAUAGCAGCUAUCUGUGCCCCCAAAAGGCUUGACUUGGUCCUAUUUCUUGAUACCUGUGACUUUGACCUUGUUUGGAAACAGAGUACUCGAAGGUACAAUGAAUUAAGAGGAGGUCAUACUGGAGGAGGUGAGGAAGGAGGAAGAUAAGAGACAGACAUAUUGUGAAGAGCACCCGAUGACAAUGGAGGCAGAGAUGCGAGUUAUGCUGCCAGAUACCAGGCCAACACCUAAGGUUACUAGCAGCCGAUAGACAAGAAAAUAUUAAUUUCCAAAUAGAGCUUCAGAGCGCCUAGUCCCACCAACAGCCUCACUUUGGACAUCUAAGAUUUGGAAUCCACUCAAUGGCAAGGAGUUAGAGCCCGCAGAAUUGUCAGAGAAUGAGUAUCUGUUGUUUUAUGCCUCUGCUUUCCUGCCAAUUUUUUUAUGAUAGUGCUAGGAAACUCAAGCAUUCAGUUAAGAAAAACUGUACUUAAAAGAGAACUAGAAAAACAAUGAAAGGGGGGUAGGUGGUUUCUAAAAAUUACCUACAAUCUUUAUCUGUAUUCUUUUGUCUAAAACAGGCGCCCUCAAACUACGGCCUGCGGGCCACAUGCGGGGCCCGCCUUGGACAUUUA